AUGUCGUUCAUGCUGCAGCAUUUAAACAGCGGCUGGGCCGUUGACCAGGCGAUAAUAAAUGAGGAAGAAAGGCUCGUUUGCAUUCGCUUCGGCCAUGAUUACGAUCCCGACUGCAUGAAAAUGGAUGAAUUACUAUACAAGGUUGCUGAAGAUAUAAAAAAUUUCUGUGUAAUAUAUUUAGUAGAUAUAACUGAGGUACCCGAAUUUAACACCAUGUACGAGUUGUAUGACCCAGUUUCCGUCAUGUUUUUUUAUCGCAACAAACAUAUGAUGAUAGAUUUAGGCACUGGGAACAACAACAAAAUUAACUGGCCCAUGAAUAAUAAACAAGAGUUUAUUGACAUCGUUGAAACCAUCUUUAGAGGUGCAAGAAAGGGAAGAGGGUUGGUUAUAUCGCCCAAGGAUUACUCGACCAAGUAUAAAUACUAA